AGCAGUUCUCCUCCCAUCAGUUUUCCCAACCGAACACACCCUCUAUCACAAAGGCUCAGAUAUGGCUGUCUCCGAGGGUAACUACAUCAAGACUGUCGCUUUGGCUGGAGCAAGUGGGAACUUAGGUCUUCGCAUCCUAGAAUCUCUGCUCGAUGCAGGUUUCGAUGUGACGGUUUUGAUUCGCCGCGAAAGCACGUCGAUCGAUUACCCAGUCAAAGCCCGGGUGGUGGAAGUUGACUAUGAUUCGUCCGACUCACUUCGGGAUGCCCUCAAAAGCAUUGACGCCGUUGUUUCCGCGGUGGGCAAGCAGAAUGGAUUGCAGAGCCAGUACAAACUCAUCGAUGCUGCGAUCGUUACCGGAGUAAAGCGAUUUAUCCCGUCAGAGUUCGGUGCCGAUCUCCAGAAUUCCAGGAUUCGUGUCUUUCCGACUUACUGGACCAAGGUAGAGAUUGAAAACUACCUGGAAAAGAAAGUCCAGGACACCGAAUUGACUUACACGUAUGUCUACAACAGUGUCUUGUUCGACGAGGGACUGUCACUCGGAGCAUUCGCGAACUUUUCGACCCGAACAGUGAACAUCUUUGACGGUGGAGACACCAUUUUUUCGGCGACGAGAAUCAAGACAGUUGCGCAAGCUGUUGUUGCGAUCCUUAACAAAUACGAAUCCACCAAGAAUCAGGCCGUUCGAAUUCGGGACCUUGCCAUGACGCCCAACCAACUACUAGACACUCUCAAAGCCUUGGAUCAGGACCACGCUUGGAAGCCAAUCGCAGUCAACACCGAAUCACUCGUCAUGGAUGCUGAAGACGAGCUCUCAUCGGGAAAGUUCAGCCCGAAGGCAUUCGCAGCAUUCGCAAUGAGGGCAACUUUUGCCCCGGAAUAUGCACAGGAUUACAGCCGCAAUAAUGAGCUCUUGGGCAUCACCCAUAUGACAAAGGAAGAGAUUCAAGGAGUUUUGGCUGCUAGAUUGUGUUAAUCUCCCACCUCUCAUCCCUCAUCUGCGACGAAGUCUGAUAAGUUUCGAUU